CCAAAGGAGAAGGACGAGGAGGAAGGGCGGCCUCACCGGGGACCCGGCAAUGGCGCUCGACUUCCUGGCUGGAUGCGCUGGGGGUGUGGCAGGCGUGCUCGUGGGACACCCAUUUGACACCGUCAAGGUGCGGCUUCAGGUCCAGAGCGUGGAGAAGCCUCAGUACCGAGGGACCUUGCACUGCUUCCAGUCAAUCAUCAAGCAGGAGAGUGUGCUGGGCCUGUACAAGGGCCUGGGCUCGCCCCUCAUGGGGCUCACCUUCAUCAACGCGCUGGUGUUCGGCGUGCAGGGCAACACCCUGCGGGCGCUGGGCCGCGACACACCGCUGAACCAGUUCUUGGCCGGCGCGGCGGCAGGCGCCAUCCAGUGCGUCAUCUGCUGCCCCAUGGAGCUGGCCAAGACGCGGCUACAGCUGCAGGACGCGGGGCCGGCGCGCACCUACCGCGGCUCGCUGCACUGCCUGGCGCAGAUCUACCGGCGCGAGGGCUUGCGCGGCGUCAACCGCGGCAUGGCGUCCACGCUGCUGCGCGAGACGCCCAGCUUCGGCGUCUACUUCCUGGCGUACGACGGGACGGAGAGGCAGCUCCGGGUGCCCCCUGGUGUCCCGGAACCGAAUGCUCUGCUGAUGCACCCCAGCUGCUCCAUGGCCCAGCUGGGCAUGCCCCUGCUGCCGCCACUCCCGCUGACCCGCUAG